AAAUCAAAACAAACUUGAACGUCUGGUGGGGUAUCUGCAGGAGCAUUGUUCUUGCGUGCCUAUCGGAUUGAGUGAACUGUGAUUCACGUUAACCGUGUUGGUGGGGUGUGAACGAUAGUGCAGGAGAUGCAUGGAGCGUCAACACGACCAUGUCCCUGCAUUCCUUAGGAUGUGGCGUCAGUGACGUGCUCCCUCUGACACACAUGUGAACGCCAUUCGGACGCUGACACGAACCUACCAGAAGUGUAAUUUGCCCGUCAAAUCUGCCCCUUUUCUCCGAGACCCGGAACUCCGAGUUUUGCUGUGUAUCGCGCGAGUGUGAUUAGCGGACAAGGACGCCUCCGACUUCCCCGAUGAACUUACUGGCUGGCCCGGCAUGAGCCCUCCCAGGAAAAGUUGCGCUCGAGCCGGCCUGCACCGCAGCCCUUUCGGGAUGCGUGGAUGGUGGUACUCCCUCUGCCUCACCGUGUUGUUCGCUUUCUCGGAGACAGCGGCGGAGUUUCUCCUAUCCUCGGAAUACACCACUUCAGACUCAUCAAGACAUCUCUCGCCCUCGGCCAUGCUGACACCGGCAGUUCGGCAGACGACAAUGACCGCCACCGAACGCGGGGACGACGCCACGGCCGAGGUCAUUCGACAGCGCAAGGCUGUGGCUGACGAGAGCGAUGCCAAGAUCAGCGACGACCUUUGGCCUCCCACGAGUCGCCUGUUCCCGUCCUUCGACAACAGCACGGAGCGCAAUGUCACCUCGCAACUCGGCCAGACAGCCUACCUGCACUGCAUCGUCAACAACCUCGGCGACAAGACGGUUCUGUGGAUACGCAGGCGGGACUACAACGUACUCACUGUGGGUCUCGACACGUACACGGCUGACGAUCGCUUUCAGGCGGUUCACCUGGAACGAUCGUCUGACUGGGCCUUGCAGGUGCGCUACGUGCAGCUAUCGGAUCAGGGUCUCUACGAAUGCCAAGUCUCUUCAGACCCGAAGAUCAGCUACUUCGUUAACCUCACCGUACUAGUGGCAAAAGCGGUCAUCGAAGGAGGUCCGGACCUCUUCAUUCGCACGGGGAGCUCCAUCAACCUGACAUGCGAGAUAAGCCGAAGCCCUGAGCCACCGCAUUUUGUCUUCUGGUACCACAACGAUCGCAUGAUCAACUACGUGUCGGCCAAGGGAGAGAUCACGCUGCACAAAGGUGGACCAGACAGAACCAUUAGCCGACUUUAUAUCCGCAAGGCAGUCUCACUUGACUCAGGAAACUACACCUGUGACCCGGCCAACGCCGAGCCUGUGUCCAUCAGCGUCCAUGUCGUGAACGGCGAGAAGCCAGCGGCAAUGCAGCAUGACGGGAAGCCCCUUUCGUCCUCGAGCCCUCCGGAAGUGGCGACGGUGCUCACCGAAUUCGGUGUUCUUCUCGCCCUUUGUCUGGCGACUGCGUGUGCCAGGCUGAGGUAACAGAGUUUGGGCCCUGCUUGCACACAAAACGUCGAAGCUGCUGCGUCGACGGUGCGCUAAACAAUCGUCCACUAAGGCUUGUUCUUGUGAAUAGAACACUGCGACCCUCUGAAUCGAAAUCCACGGAGAAAACACGGAUGACUCCAUAGAGAGGGCUGCCCGCCAGAUGACAUUGUCAACAAGCCGAACGAGAGACUCGCGAGAAACGCUCGUGCACAUCGUUCAUCGCCGAUGCCGUUUUUUUUUUCGCAUUCAGUUUCUCUCUGGUCAAUUUUAUGUGUUUUCGUUUCCCGUUCAUUGACGACUUUUCAUUGGACCUUGCUGCGAUUGUGCACAAGACUCAAAUGACUGUUCGUGAUACUCGAUGUAUGUUCCAUAGAAUUUCAGCUUGAGAGCUGUAUUAGUGUAUAAUAGAGAACAAAACUACGUAGAAGAGGCUAACCAAUGCAUACGACAAGAAAAACGUGAUGACGCGAGGUGGCGAUUGAGUGA